AUGGAGUACUCGCCGAAGCUUGCACUGCUCUUCGUUCUGGCGUCCGCGAUGGCGGCCGCCGUCGUCAUGGCCCAAAACUCGCAGCAGGACUUCGUGGACCUCCACAACGCUGCGCGCGCCGACGUGGGCGUCGAACGGCUCGCCUGGAACAACACCGUGGCAGCGUGGGCGCAGGAGUACGCGGAGACGCAUCUCAGCGACUGCAAACUUGAGCAUUCUCCGGCGGGCCGGCCGUACGGCGAGAACCUCUACGGAGGAGCCGGCGGUGGGGCUAGCUGGUCGGCGGUGGACGCCGUGAACUCGUGGGUGUCGGAGAAGGCGGGCUACGACCACAGCAGCAACACCUGCUUGACGGAGCCAUGCGGGCACUACAAGCAGGUGGUGUGGCGCAGGUCGACAGAGAUCGGCUGCGCCCGCGUGGUCUGCAACAGCGGCGACGGCGUUUUCAUCAUCUGCAGCUACUACCCACCGGGCAACUACCCUGGGCAGAGCCCCUACUAG